GCGACGGCAGGGGGUUUUGGUAGCGUGGCUGUGCGGUGUGAUUUCUGCGCUGCGUGGAUGGAGGAAGCAGCAGCUGCUGAUCUCUGACACUCGGAGAGAGACAGGCGUCUAUAUGCACAUAUAUACUGAUUCACUGCCAUAUUGCAAAACAGGCGCGACGUGCAUGACUUGACUUGGAUCCCCAGUACAAUGCAAGAAAAAGAGUGCACGUGCAAGCAGCUCAUACAGCAGCAGCGUCUUCUGCUGCUUUAGAACACCAGUAUUUAAUGGGUCCUGUAAUUGGAAUGUCUCCAGAUAAGAAAGCGGAAACGCCUGGGUUACAAGAAUUUUCAGGAUUAAAGUUGACUGCUUGUGGCAUGGGCACCUUACCAGAAGCUGAAAGUGCUGCAAGCCCCAAGGCAACAAGUGUGGACAAGGGGCCAUGUGAUGAUGAAGAACUGACAAACUUGAAUUGGCUCCAUGAAAACCUCCUGCAAAACUUCACUCUGGUCUCAGAAGCUCAGCCCAGUGUCAGUCCUCUAUAUGACAUUGAGGGAGAUAGUGUACCACCUUCUUUUACUUCGUCCUGUUCUGUAGCCCAGGAGAAGGAUUCUGUUAACACAAAGCCCCCAUAUUCUUUUAGCCUUCUUAUCUACAUGGCUAUUGAACAGUCUUCUAACAAAUGCCUGCCUGUCAAGGAUAUCUACUGCUGGAUCUUGGAUCACUUCCCUUAUUUUGCCAGUGCCCCCACUGGCUGGAAAAACUCAGUGAGACAUAACUUGUCCUUGAACAAGUGUUUUCGCAAGGUGGAGAGAGGCCUUGGUAAAGCAAAUGGAAAAGGAUCUUUAUGGUGUGUUGAUCCAGAAUAUCGACCCAAUCUUAUUCAAGCACUGAAAAAGCAACAUUUUCCCUCUGCACAUGUCUUCUGUACCCCACCAGCAUCACCACCAAGUGCAUCAACACCUCCUCCACAUUUGAUUCUCCAAGAUCAAGGCUUUUCUGUGAAAGAAUCUGACAUUGAUGCAGCCACAGCCAUGAUGCUUUUAAACUCUUCCCCAGAGAAACAGAAGAUGGAGUGUGGCCUGUCUCACUCUGCCUCUGCCACAUUGCCAGUAAAGAGGACCUACAGCAGCAACAGCAUACAGGAUGUGCAAGAUAAACCUAUUGAUCUUUCUCAGCCAGUAAUAGCAGUUGUCAGCAAUGACCCUAAGGAAGAUCACAAUUACACUGCCACCUUCCAACGCUGUGCGUCAAGGUCAAGUGUGUCUUCCUCAUCAUCUGUGGAUGAGGCCUAUGAGUUUGCAUCAACAGCUCGACGAGCAGGGAGCGAGGGCUUCAAUAGUGAUGAAGAUUCUGAUUUGCCAGAUGAUGGGGAAGAAGAGGAAACAGAAGAUCUCCUUGGAGACAGUGGCUAUGGAUCUCAGCGAUGCAGUGCCAGUCUAGCAGCUGGUGCACCAGCCAACAAGAAGCCCCGCAGAGAAGUGAAGGUGGAGAUUGACGAGGAGCUAAAGGAGGCAGCAGGUUCUCUUCUGCACCUUGCUGGGAUUCGCACAUGUUUGGAUGCUUCAAGAUGCACAGCAAAGAGCAAGAGCAAAAAUUAAGACUUCCAAGAGUGGCAGUUUUUUUUUUUUUUUUUUUUUUAGUUUUUUUUGUUUUUUAUAUAUAUUGAAAAAAUAACCCCACAUGGCAAUAUCAUUUUACAAAGGAGAACAAAGCCAUAUUAAGACUUUUGUUAAGAAGAUAGUGACUGCUGUGAACUACUCUGAAGGGUCAAAUAAGAUGAAGCAAUUCAACAAAUUUAUAUCGUUUUUCUCUUUGUUUAAAAAAGUGAUGAGUUUCAAACAUAAAACAGUUGCAUGCUUCCUUUCCCAGCAAGUUACUGGUAUAUUUAGGGAUGAAUGCAUGGAUUUAUAGCACACAGCAGGACUUCUGCUUUCCAUCAUUUUUCACAGUUGUACCGUACUUUCCUUUGUAAAACUCUUUGAAUAGUGUCAAGAAAAUGAGGCAUUUCUCAGCUAGAAGAUUAUCCGAGAGAUACAGCCCAAAACAAAAUGCAAUAAUUAUUACAAACCAUUUUUUAUUUUUUUCUCCAAGGUGGAUUAUACAUUUAGAUGAAGACAAGAAAGCAUUAGCACCACAACCUUAUCAGGGAGAAAGUUAGAGAAAGAGCCUCUGGACUUUGUGUUAAUGUGUAGCCUUUAGUAGCUUUCCUGAACUUUGCUUUUGAGUUCCGCAACAGGAGUUCAUUUAAAGCACUUCAACAGAAGACUAUAUGGGAGAUUAUAAUUUUGAAAAGAAACCCUCUAGAGUCAUAAUUAGUUUUAAAAAAAAAAAAAUUUUCAAAACUUGUUUCAAACUAUUAUGUGAGAGGUAUGCACACACAUUUUCUGUUUUUCUGAAUCAAAAAACAGUGAAUGUUCUUUGGAGUAUAGAAAAAGAAAAGUGAACAAAAUAAUGUCAUUUUUUUCAAUCCCUUGAUUAAUUUUUCCUGCUAUAUUACACUGUCCGCUGGGGUUUGAGGGGAAAAAAACAGCCCUUUUGUGGAAUUUGUUGUUGUGUUUUUUUUAUUUCUUUCCUUUUUGAAUACUAUGUCGCAAAAUAUCCAUUGUUCUUAUGGUGUGCUGGACCAAGGAAGUGCAAAGCUACUAGACUGACACCAACUUGACAAACAAAGCACAAGUGAGCAAUUUGUGUGUUUUUUGUUGUAAAACAUGAUUUAGUUUUGUUACGGAUAAAAUUUGAAAACAAAAAGGUACUUGCUUGUGUCCCACAGUGUAUGAGUCAAGAUGGAAAUAAUCCUUGCUGGCUUAGAGACCUUGUAUUUCUAGGAAGAAAGUGGACGUUCAGUCAGUCAGAUUAUCUCUGUUUUCAUGUGACCUUACAAAAUCACACUCUUUAAAGUACAGUUUAGCUUAAAAAAUCCUUUAUUUUCUAACAGUUUAAAGUUGAGAAUUUUGAGGGUUAUUAAUUCUUUUAUAUUUCCAACAUUUACGCAGUUAAGAAUCGCCGAAAAGCAGGACCUCAUCUCAUUAGAAUCCAAACUUACAUUUUUACUGCCUUCUUACCAUCAAUGCUCACUUUGAUUCUUUAUAUUGUAUGCAUUCUACUAAAUGUACACUUCUGUCCUUAUUUCUGUUAUGUCAUGUCAUAAUAUUUUUAACGUAUCUGUUGAUACAUAUAGUUUUUAUGUAUCAAAGCAGUACGGGUUUAUCCACAUCUUACAGACAGCGUAUCUCUCUUCUUUAACUCCUUGCCAAUGCCAUCAUGUAAAUGUGGUUGCCACCUCAGCCUUUUAAAUUAUUCAUUUGAAAAACACUGACCUAUCAAAAUGAGGUCCUUCUGCAGUUUGCCAGGACCAGCACACCUAUGCUUAAGUUUAAAUCAAGCAUUUACAGAGAUUCUCACAGGCCAGGAUAAGGGAACUUAGCAGGUAAAAGGUUGCUGUUAAAGUAAAUAUUAAAUAUACAUACAAUGUAUUUCAGUUUGUGUGGAAAGAAUUUACCAGGAACUGUCACAUUUUUUUCAGUUUGUUUCUUGUUUUAAUUAUGUUUUAGUUAUCACUGCCUGAUUGAAAAUGUGAGUAAUUACCCGAAACAAACAACUGUUGAAUUAUUUUCAGUUCUGUUUGUUCUAAUUUUAUUUGUUGCCGGUAGGUCAGUGGUAAACAGGAUUUGCAGAUAGUGUUAACAGCAGGUUGAAAUUGAUGACAUUUUGACUUAAUACCAGCUCAAUUUGUUUACAGAAACAUUAAGUGAAUUGGUUAAUGUUUCAUUGCCAUUAGUUAUAUGGGUAUGUAGCAGGCAAAAGACUCAGUCUCAUAUAUAUAUAUAUAUAU